AUGGCAGACCUGAAGGCGCGUGGAAAGCGCCCGGCCCCGGAGCGGCGCGGCGCCGUCAGGCAGGAAGAGCGCGAGAUCAUGAUCGCCCGCAGGAAGGAAGACAUGACUCGUGCGCAGCAGUUAAGAAUAAACAAGGCUCGGGCACUAUCAAACCUUUUUCCUAAAAAGCAAAAAGCUGCUUCUGCUGCAUCACAAGAUUUAUUUGAUGACUUUCAGGUUGAUAACGAAGAGUUGACGCUAAUCGAGGAUUCAUUGAUGAUUGAUGAUGCUUCUUCGGACAACAAGAAAAAACAGCAACUGUCAGUCAGCAGUGAUGAUGCUUCUUCGAACAACAAGGAAAAACAGCUGCUGUCAGUCAGCAGUGAUUUUAUUUCUUUAGAAGAAGAAGAGAAAGAAAACAUAUCAAAUGGCGGGCAAACCCCCAAAAAAACGUAAAUAUUCAAGCAGGCUUAGUACAGAAUAUCAGCCCCCCAGGACUAACUAUUUAUAUUUAGCACUUUCAAAUAACACCAUUCAAGUAUCAGUACAUUCAGUUGGUUCUAUGAUUUAUGAAUGUGUUCAAUGUCAAGCACUUCAUUUUUUAAGUGAAAAAAUUAAAAAUAAUUUUAAAAAUUGUUGUCAUAAUGGGAAGGUAUACAUAGAUCCAGAAAUAUUAUUAGAUUAUACAAAGGCAAUACGUCUGAUGCUAAUCAUUUUAAGGUUAAUAUACGACUAUAUAAUUCAGCAUUUGCAAUGGCAUCCAUUAAUUCAAACUUGAACACAUUCCCUCCAGGAAUUUUCACUUAUAGGGUACAAGGACAAAUUUAUAUAAAAACUGGAUCUUUGGUUCCGUUGCAAGGUCAUAAACCACAAUACAACCAAUUGUAUAUAAUUGAAGAUGAAGCAGCCUUAAAUGAAAGAUUAUCCGAUUCUAGAAAUAACAUAUGUAAAAGCAAUAUAAUGAGGUCCUUACAAACAAUGCUCAAUGAAUUCAAUCCUUUUGUCAAAGUAUACAAAAAGGUGGCUGCAAUUU